GACCCUCCUCUGGUGGCCGGGGAGCAGCCGGGGAUCGAACUCGCACCACAGAGGCCUUGGGCAGCUUCGCAACCCAGCGCUCAACCGCUGCGCCACCGGGGAGGCCCAUCGGAUAAUAAUCUUAAUGGUUAUUGUGGUGUAAAUUAAAAAUAAGCUGUGAAGAAGAGCAGAGUCAGCGAAAGGCUUUCCCGGGUGUCCUUUGAGAUGAGACCUGAAUGAAAAGAAGGUGAAUCCCAAAUCUAAGAGAAUAGGUGGUGCAAAGGCCCUGCGGUUGGAACUAACUUAGUGUACCGCCCAGGGGUAUGGGGAGGCCAGUGUUUAGGAGAGGUACAAGCCCAGGUAGAAGACAGUGCAGAGGGGAGGUUAUGCAGGACUAUAAGGGCAGGAUGAGGAGUUUGGAUUUUUUCCAAGAGUAAUUGAACUUGAUUACUUCUAGAGGUAAGGAGAAUGGAUGGUGGGGCCGGAAGCUCAGAAAGCAGUUGGAAGGCUGCCUAGUGAGAGAUGGUGAUGCACAGAUGACAUGAGGUGAUGUUGCAAUAGGUGAGACAAUGUUGUAAUAGGUGAGAUGAUGCAUAGAUGGGAGGAGUAGCCUGGAGAUGGAGCUAGGUAGGGUUAGGAAGUCUUUUGGAAACAGUCUUACUAGAAAUUGCUGUUGGAUUUGGUUUGAGUAUGAAGAAAGACGUCAAGGAGAACACAUUUUAUAUUGUUUAGAGCUUCCGUGGUGUUAAAAGGAUGGAUAAAGCGCAGGUUGUGAAGAAGGUGAACCAAGUGUGAAUAUUACGAAGAUGGAAUAAAAUUUUCAUCCAGUUGAUGAAAAUGCCCUCAAGAUCAGCUAGUGUCAUUUAUAAUUCUUGAUCAUGUCCAGGUUUCUCAGCACUGUUGACAUUUUGGGCCAGAAAACCCUUCUUUGUCGGGACUCUCCUGUGCACUGUGGCAUGAUUAGUAGCACCCAUGACCUCUGCCCAUUGGAUAUCACCCCAUUAUGCCAACCAGAAUGUCUCCAGAUGUGCCACAUGUCCCUGGAGGACAAAAUUGCCCCCAAUUGAGAGAGUCACCAGACAACACGAAGGAGGUCUUAACAGAUUUGGGACGGUGCCGCCGUGAGAAGACAUCUAGAAAUAAUGAGAAUGAAGGCAACGUGGUGGGAUUGCUGCAGAACAGGAGAGCCCUGUUUCAGAUUUAAAAUAUAAAGGAACUGCUUCCUAUGCGGAUAACUCCAGAGGAGUAUGCUCAUAUGGGCGAGCAAAUGUGCAAGUGAAAGCAUCACAUGUGCAAACACAUACAGAUUCUGGAGGAAUUUCCUGUGCCUCCACAAAUGCCAGUUUAUAUUAAAACCGAGAGUUCUGCAUUAAACCUCGGGAAAUGAAUGAAGGUUCUUUUUACCGAAAAUUUCCUUAAAUUUUUCUUUAAAUAGCAAAGCCUCCAAAGGCUUGAUGUGAUUUAUUAAAAUUCUAUCGAAAGACAAAUUUCAGGGACAUAUUUAUUUUAUAAUACAAGAUAUUUUCAUACACACCAGAAAAAUACAUACUUACCAUGUAUGUACAUGCAUGUAUGUGCAUCUUAACCAUCUCUUUGACUCCCAAGAGAUCAUGGAUUGUUUUGCGACCAUGUAUCACUGAGAAAAAACACUGCCUGUUUAACUCUGAAAAGUCACUUGUAAGACACACCCCGUUUUUGGUGACGUCAAAAUGUGAGAGACAUAUAAACGUGUUUCCUAAAAUAUAUGAAAUAUGGACUCUUUAAUAUCUGGGAGCUGAUAUAAAAGGGUCAAAGUCUUGAAACUGCUAAAGUGGAACACAAACACCAGGAAGUGACCUCAUUCAGGAUGGAAGCCAGUUUUUGUAUUAGUAAGUAUCAAUCAUAAUGGUCAAAAAGUCAGUUAGAAAGGCCUGAGCUUACCAGCUUCGCCUGCUGUUGAGAAUCGUCCACUGGAGUAGGAGAUUGUCCUAGGAGCUGUCCUUCGGGACGAUGAAGCCCCAGCCCAGCACCCUCUCUUCACAAGAGGGACCUCUGCUGCUGGCUGAGCUCAAGCCCGGACGCCCCCACGAGUUUGAUUGGAAGUCAAGCUGUGAAACCUGGAGUGUCGCCUUCUCUCCAGAUGGCUCCUGGUUUGCUUGGUCUCAAGGACACUGCAUUGUCAAGCUGAUCCCCUGGCCGCUGGAGGAGCAGUUCAUCCCUAAAGCAUUUGAAGCCAAAAGCCGAAGCAGCAAAAAUGAUUCAAAAGGGAGAGGCAGCCCAAAGGAGAAGACUCUGGACUGUGGUCAGAUUGUCUGGGGGUUGGCCUUUAGCCCCUGGCCGUCUCCACCCAGCAGGAAGCUCUGGGCACGCCACCAUCCCCAAGCACCAGACGCCUCUUGCCUGAUCCUUGCUACAGGACUCAAUGAUGGGCAGAUCAAAAUUUGGGAGGUGCAAACAGGACUCCUGCUUCUAAAUCUUUCCGGCCACCAAGAUGUCGUGAGAGAUCUGAGCUUCACACCCAGUGGCAGCUUGAUUUUGGUCUCUGCAUCUCGGGAUAAGACUCUUCGCAUCUGGGACCUGAAUAAACAUGGUAAACAGAUUCAGGUGUUGUCAGGCCACCUGCAGUGGGUUUACUGCUGUUCCAUCUCCCCGGACUGCAGCAUGCUGUGUUCUGCAGCUGGAGAGAAGUCAGUCUUUCUGUGGAGCAUGCGGUCUUACACAUUAAUCCGGAAGCUAGAGGGCCACCAAAGCAGCGUUGUCUCUUGUGACUUCUCCCCCGACUCAGCCUUGCUUGUCACGGCUUCUUAUGAUACCAACGUGAUCAUGUGGGACCCCUACACUGGCGAGAGGCUGAGGUCACUCCACCACACCCAGCUCAAUCCCCCCAUGGAUGACAGUGACGUCCACAUCAGCUCCCUGAGAUCUGUGUGCUUCUCUCCCGAAGGCUUGUACCUCGCCACAGUGGCGGAUGACAGACUCCUCAGGAUCUGGGCCCUGGAACUGAAAACUCCAAUUGCAUUUGCUCCUAUGACCAAUGGUCUUUGCUGCACAUUUUUUCCACAUGGUGGAGUUAUUGCCACAGGGACGAGGGAUGGCCACGUCCAGUUCUGGACAGCUCCUAGGGUCCUCUCAUCACUGAAGCACUUAUGCCGGAAAGCCCUUCGAAGCUUCCUAACAACCUACCAAGUGCUAGCACUGCCAAUCCCCAAGAAAAUGAAAGAGUUCCUCACAUACAGGACUUUUUAAGCAACGUGACAUAGUCUUGUUUUUGUGUUUGGUUUUUUGUGUUUUUUUUUUUCUGGUAGCAGGAUUAAUCUUUGUGACACAGAGUGUCUGGAAUAGUGGGCCACACAUCUGGUGGGGUUGAAGCAUUUCUCUUUGGGAUUGUGAAUAGAAUGUAGCAAAACCAGAUUCCAGUGGACUAGUCAUGGAUCUUUUUCUCCAUGUGUGAAAGUCGGAGGAGGGGAUCCCAGCUCCACAGCAACAGAGCUUGACUUUCAAUCUUCAGUCCACUUAUAAACAGCAAUGUUGAACUCUUUUAAUUGUUUUGAUUCAACAUGCAGUUACUUAGGUUGUUUUGCUAAGAGUAACUAGGCCUCUGAGCCUCUGAGGUGGGAGAGAAAUUUCAGCUCCACUGGCAGGUCUGGCUCCCACCUCGUACUUACCAUUGCGGUUGCGGGUACAGUGGUGGCUCAGAGUUCCCUCCCUCUGGCUCUGCUCUGACCAGCAGGACAAGUUUCCAUGGAGCAGUCUGUGUGAGUGUUAACUUAGCCUAACUGAAUUACAGGUGACUCAGAGGCUGUGCUCCUAACUGACAGACACUAUACUUUGCUUUUCUUUCCUCCCUAAACAGUGGUGUGCAUGUGCAGGAGAUGACAAAUGUUGUGUCGGGCUACACAAGGAUGUAUUCCUAAACUGCAUGACUGUUCACAUGGCUGAGUUGUCAGUUGUUUGCCAUUCAUUAGCAUAUUUAUUUGUAUUUUCUCAACAGAUGUUAAGGUACAACUGUGUUUUUCUUGAUGGUCUCUAAAAACCAUAGUACUUCAGUUGAACAGUUGUGAAGAUGUCUCUUAAUUGCGUAAAGAAUUGGUGUUGUCGUUCCUUCAGCUGAUAGUCUCAUGUAUGACACCCGACUUUGUCACUUCACCUCAUCAAACUGACCAGCCAGUUUCAACUCUACCCCUAGACGAACAUAGCUCCUUGAAAGUGCUGUUCUCCUUCAAGGCACACAGAUGCCUCAUUCACACACAAUCUGCCUUUGGAAAAUUUAAUAUAUUUUAAAUUAUUUUAAAAGAAAUGCAACGUCGUAUCCUUUGGCUUCCUGACGGGUGCUUGGUAGAGGCCAGCAGGUCCUUAUGAAACAUGUCUCUGGACACAUUUGUUGCUGAGGAAAAACAUUCCAAGAUGAGAAGCUUUCAUUGAAGGAACAGUCUAAAGUUUUAGCUGUUUUCAUUAAGGAAAAAAAAAAAAAUCACUUUUUAAAACAAACGAGUACAAUAGGGUAGCUGGGAAUGGACUGGGCAGAUUUUAAAUGUGAUUAUUUUGCAGUACCCCAGACAGCAUAGUCUGAGAGGCUGGGGGUGGCUUCCAUGAGGCCCCUUUCAGCCAGUGACUUCAAACUUAGCUGAUGACCUUGGAAGCAAGUUGUCUGUGAAUGAUGGAAACAACCGGCUUCUUCCUUUUGAUAAUACAAGAAUUUGAUAGCUUUCUAAAGAACAGCCUCCAGAGAAAGUUUAUUCUGUGAUAGCAGAGACAGAGGAGGCUUUCAUAUAAAUGCGCACCGAAUAAGUCAGCAUCUCAUCACUGGUUAAGAAGAGUCACUUGUAACACAACCAAAAAACAGGCUGCUUUAUUUUUAUUAUGAAGAACACUAUAAUAAAUGCAAUGUAAUUGCUAGAAAAUAAACUGCUACAUUUGUACACAGGUCAUAAGCCUUUAGCAGUUGUAGGUUCCGAAUGGGGCUUCUUACGAAGCCUCAUCCUGGGUUAAGCAAGUGAGGUUUGCACAACCUCUGACCUCAAUGGCAUAAUUCACAGUGAAAGUUUUCUCUACUGUCCACACAACUAGGAACCUGCUAGUAAUGCUCUUCAAGAGGAAAAAUAAAACACCAAUUUUUAAAGUCAAGAGAACUGAGUCUAUUUUAUGAGGGUAAAGUCAUUUUGGGCAGAAAUCCAGUCAUACUUACAAAGUAGAUAACAGACGGCCACAGAUUAGUUUGGGAGAUAUUCUGUUUACCUUGAGUUGGAAGAAGUUGGACCAGAUAAGAUCUGAAAGCUUUAGGUGCCAGGCCAGAAUGGAAUAGGCCAAUUUCCUGUCAUCCAAGCAAGUGAAGAGUAAAAAUCCUUAAGGUUGAAAAGGGUUUUGUGGUUUUUUCUUUUUCUCCAAUAAAGGACAAAUGGGCAGUGCAAUAUGAUAGUCAUACACUAAAGCUGAUGUACAUCCUCUGUUUUUUAAAUGCCUGCCCCCCCCCACGUCUGGGACAGCUUCCCAAGACUUGAGGUGACAAUGGCAUCACCUCCCCGGGCGUGGGCAGCAGUUCAUCCCAUCACUGAGGUCCCCGCUGUCCUGACAUUGCUGAGACAGGCCUCCACGUUAGGCCUCAGUAACAAUCAGGUCUCUGGUGACUUGAAAAGCCGCAAUGAGGGAACUCAGCUGAAUCUUCUCAUUGGUGCCAACAGAAAGCCUGUACCUAAGAAAUAUAAAAAAUAAAAUAGACAACAUCACAGCAGCUACCUUUUGACAAAAGAACAACAGAGAUCAAAGACAAAGUUUUCUGAAGACAGGAAGUCACAAAAGUUUAUCCUAAACAGGAGUCUUGUCUGUGUGCCCAAAAUUUGAUUCAAACUGGUGAAGAAAAAUUACAUUGAGAAAACUGUUAGCAGCAGUGUUCUGAACUUUGUUCUAGCUGCACAGAUAGGCAGAAUUCAGGACUGUGUCUUCAUUUGAGAGGAACUGUAAAAUUUUUUUCUCUCUCAGUGGGAAGCUUGGUUGAGGGAUCUGUGGUCAUGCAGGACACUGACAUUUCAUCUUGCCACUUUGCAAGUGUCCGGCCAGUGAAAGCAAAAUCGCUUACUGAUAAGAAGUGACCUAAUCUGUGCAUAGAGAACCAAUGAUGGCAAAUUAGAGAUGGCCUAUGGUGACAUGUUUUGAACCCGGUGCUUUUGUUCUACUUAAAUGAUAGCAGCCACCUUCACUGGGGACUAAAAACUAUAUUUACUGACCGCGGCAAACUUGAAAAUUGAGUUUAUGUUUACUCUUUCCCCCCAAUAUGCUUUAAUAUGCCAAAUUCCUUCCUAACAGCUGGAGAGCUGGUUGUCCCCACACCUCAAGGUGGAAGCAGAGCCCUUUAUCGCCAGUACACAUCUGAGGUGUGGUUUAUCCAUACAGCCUUUAAAUAAGGGAGCCACUCACACCCCUCCCCAGGCUCCACAGCAAAAACUAGAUGAUAUCGCAUAUGAGUAACUUAAAAAGGCUGAAACCAAGAAAGUAGACACAAAAUAGGGGAAAAAAGAACAGGAUGAGAGUGGAAAUACUCACUCAAUGUCUGCCAUCUUGGUCAACAAAUGUAUUCGAACUGAAGAUGGAAAGUCAACUGGGAAAAAAACAAGAUCAAAUGGGUGAGGUCUGUCACUCCCUACCAUGAAAGAAACAGAGAUCACAGAAAACAAGUACGAGGCCGCAGGGCACUAGAUACCACCUCUCUAAAGUAAAACCAGUGCAGGUUUUUGGUUUUUAUUCACUAUGUUUUGCAAUUCUUCGUAGUGCAACCAAAAGGGAAAGCAAUGAGAUUUCCAAAGCUUCGGUCAAGCCCGGGAGCGGCGCCCACACUACUCUGAGCAGUAAGGGCAGCUCUAAUUAACCUCAGGGCCAAGUUCUCAGCUGCCGUCCCAGUUUUCAUGACAGCUGAUUGUAAAAAUCCAACUCACGCUCUGCUUCCACCAUCAAAGGGCAGGACUGGGUUUGGGCUGACCAUGUUCGUGGACAUAGGUUAACCCGCCAGCCCACUGGGAGGAGGCACAGGGCCACCGGCACAGCCGACCCUGGGGCCCUGUCCGCUGCUGGCCUCAGUGGA